UUUACUUUUGGUUUUGUUGCGGCGUAUUUGUUUGGUUUGGACUAACGCGACGCGCCGUUGUGUUCUCCAUAUCUCUUCAUCGCCCAUCUACCCAUUAGUCGUUCUCAUGGAGUGGCUCUCAACCGAGACUGUACCGUGAUGUAUGGGAUCAGUCUAUCCCGAAGGACAUUAAAGAGAUUAUUGAAAAUUGUGCUCACAAACAUUGGGGAGACAGAAAAGAAGGCUUAAUGGGCUUACAACAUUAUUUGAGCAGCGGGAAUACCUUAACAGCAACAGAUUUGCGUAGAGUGACGGAUAUUUUUACGAAAAUGUUUAUGGAUUCCCAUACCAAAGUGUUUAGUUUGUUCUUGGACACGUUGAACGAAUUAAUAAUUACUCACAACGAAGGCCUUGGCGACUGGCUUUAUGUUUUGUGCGCGAGGCUUCUCAAUAAAUUGGGUACUGAUUUAUUAGGAUCAAUACAAACAAAAAUUCACAAAACGCUUGAUGUUGUAAGAGACUGUUUCCCAGGCCAACAGCUUCUACCUGCUGUGAUGAGGUAUCUGACAGAUCCAACGCAAACACCAAAUUCUCGCGUGAAAGUAGCAGCAUUGACUUUUAUCACGCAGAUUGCUGAGACGGCAGAACCGUCCGCACUGGGCAGUUCUGCACCGACAGCACUUGCACGACUACUUGACUGGUCGAAUGAUGUCAAAAGUCAUGAUGUGAGGAGGCACGCGCAAAACGCUGUGAUAUCACUUUACAAUCUUAAUCCGCCUCAAGUUACUAUGAUACUCUCCGAGUUACCAAAAUACUACCAAGAAACAGCUUGGCCUCUGGUGCAGAAUCAUUUGAGGAAAUCAUCCGCUUCUAGUAAUCCAGCAUCACCUGGUACGCCACCACCAAGAGCGCAGAACUCGCCAGCUCGAACGAAAACGAAAAACGAUGUUAGAGCAGACGGAAAAACUGAAAUCGAUGGAGACGAGAACUUAGAGGAAGUAUACAAAUCUCUGCGACGCACGACUGCUGAAAUUCAAAAUUACGGCUUCGAACGUUUGGAGAGAGCUACCACCAGCAAAGACAGUGGUAUCAGCAAUAUGGCAGAUGUGGAGGAGAGAAUGGAAGGUCUUACGUUAUCUAAUUCUGGUCGAUCUUCGUCCGUUUCCUCACCGACGCAACGAGGACGAUCUGCUAGUAACAUAACUGUUAACGGAUCCGAUACAAUUGCCGGUGAUUUGAUUCUACCUCAAGAAAAUAAUGGUUAUAAGACGCACGGAUCAUCACCAGAUUCGAUAAACAGGCCAGAAAUCGUAGAUAAUAUGGUUAAAACUUUGCAAUCAAAAGUAGCGCAAACUUCGGAGAAAGUUGCAGCGUUGCAAGAAUUUCAACUAUAUGUCCGCGAAGGCGAUUCGUCAUAUAUUAAACGAAAUUUUAAGAAAGUGCUCAAAGUUUUGUUAGAUAGCUUAUCCAAUGACGGUAAAGUGAUACAAGUGGAAGUGUUGCAAACGCUAAUCGAUAUGCUUAAGUGUUCUGAAUUAGUAGAAAGCUUUGCUUCAUAUAACGAGUUGCUAGUAUUGAAAGUUAUUUAUGCUUACAAAUCAGACGAUCAAAAGGUUGAUUCUUCCAGCGGUAGUGGCGGCAGAUCUCCAGUUCAUUGGAACGCGGAGAAAUGCGCGGCAACGAUGGCCAUGGUUUUGAAGCCAGAACAAAUUAUCCAUUUAGUCUCUACCAUAAUCGCUACGGAGACAUAUCCGUUGAAUAUGGGCGCAAUAAAAAUGUUACACAAAGUGGUAGAGCAUUGGGGUCGGGAUGCUAUCGAACCUCAUCUUGCCAAGGUUAUGCCUGGCCUUAUCAAGGCUUACGAUGAUGCCGAAAGCGCGGUUCGUAAGAGCGCGGUCUUUUGCAUGGUGGCGAUCCACAUCGCGGUCGGCGAGGAGGUGCUGAAGCCACACUUGAGCUGCCUAUACUCCAGUAAGCUUAAGCUGCUAAACAUCUACAUACAACGUGCGCAGCAACAGGCCAACAGCCAACCCGCGAGUCCGCGUAACAACAAUAAAAAUUAACUAACAUCCAAUACCACGACUCUCAGGGUCGCGAUACUUAAGAGAUUCGCUCGCUUCAGCGCGCGGCACGAGCGAAUGCUUGUUAGCUUCCUUAGUAAGUCGGAUCCGUCAUGAUGGUUGAUGACGACGGUUUUAACAUAUGACUCGGAAAUUUUGAUACGAUAGAGACUGAUGUGUGUGUAUGUAUGUGUGCGUCACUUCGUGACGACGUGCAUGCGAAUCGCUGUUCGCAACGAUAAUAUGAUAUGUGCGGAAUUAGUGCAACGAUAAUCGUUCCGAUGUUACGUUUGUCAAAUAUUUGUUUAUAGAAGAAUGAGGACGAUUUAUAUAUAUAUAUAUAUUGAUUAUUCUCAGAAAAGAAAAAGAAAGAAAACUGUAAAGAGAAUCCAUAACAUACGCUUCACUGAUUCUUUUUGUCCUUUGAAUAUAAAGCUGCAUUGUUGUAUGAUCGAUUAUACAAGUAUACAUUUGCGAGCAUCACUUCAGUUGACAAAUACAUGUCCUCAAGUAAAAGCUCACGAGAUGUAUUUUAUAGAAAGAUUAAUAUUAUGUAAAAUUAUAUAUUCGUUUGCGAAGUAA